AUGGAGCACAGGGACGCCGACUUCAACAUCCUGCUUGCAACCGAUUCCUACAAGGUAACGCAUUACAAGCAGUACCCCCCAAACACGAGUAAAGUAUAUUCCUACUUUGAGUGUCGCGAGAAGAGGACGGAUCCCACCAAAAGCAGAAAAGUCAAAUACGACAAAACGGUCUUCUACGGCCUGCAGUACAUCCUCCACAAAUACCUCAAAGGCAAAGUAGUCACUCUGGAGAAGAUCCAAGAGGCCAAGGAGGUCUACCGGGAACACUUCCAGGACGAUGUUUUUAACGAGAAGGGUUGGACGUACAUUUUGGAGAAAUACAACGGACACCUGCCUAUAGAAAUCAAGGCAGUGCCGGAGGGAAGCGUGAUUCCCCGUGGCAACGUUUUGUUCACCGUGGAGAGCACCGAUCCUGAAUGCUACUGGCUCACCAAUUGGGUAGAGACCAUCCUAGUGCAGAUUUGGUACCCCAUUACCGUAGCGACCAAUUCCAGGGAGCAGAAGAAAAUCCUGGCCAGGUAUCUUCUGGACACAUCCGGAAACUUGGAGGGGCUAGAGUACAAACUGCACGACUUUGGAUACCGGGGAGUGUCCUCGCAAGAGACUGCGGGCAUCGGCGCCUCAGCUCACUUGGUCAACUUUAAGGGCACAGACACAGUUGCUGGUAUCGGCGUGAUCAAGAAAUAUUAUGGCACUAAAGACCCAGUUCCGGGCUUUUCGGUCCCUGCUGCAGAACACAGCACCAUCACGGCAUGGGGCAAGGACCACGAGAAGGACGCCUUCGAACACAUCGUCAAGCAGUUCCCCAGCGUGCCCGUCUCUAUUGUCAGCGACAGCUACGACAUCUACAACGCCUGCGAGAAGAUCUGGGGCGAGGAUCUGCGCGGGCUGAUCGAGUCGCGUAGCGCCGACGCGCCCCUCGUCGUGCGACCGGAUUCGGGCAACCCUUUGGAUACGGUUUUAAAGGUUUUGGAGAUCCUGGGCAAGAAGUUCCCACCAGAGGAGAACUCUAAAGGAUUCAAGGUGCUGCCUCCUUACAUCCGAGUUAUCCAAGGAGACGGAGUUGACAUUAACACUCUCCAGGAGAUCGUGGAGGGAAUGAAGGAGCACCGGUGGUCUAUUGAGAAUGUUUCCUUUGGUUCUGGAGGGGCUCUUCUGCAGAAACUUACCAGAGAUCUCCUCAACUGCUCCUUCAAAUGUAGCUACGUGGUUACCAACGGACUCGGGGUGAACGUCUUCAAGGACCCCGUGGCGGACCCGAACAAGAGGUCAAAAAAGGGACGCCUGUCUCUGCACCGGACUCAAAACGGAGAGUUUGUCACCCUGGAGGAGGGCAAAGGCGAUCUGGAGGAGUACGGAGUGGACCUGUUGCACACGGUCUUCCAGAACGGCAAGAUUGUGCAGACGUACACGUUUGACCAGGUCAGAGACAAUGCCAAGCUCAAGGAGAGUGAGCUCGACUAG